AUGACGGACCCGAUGGAUCUCCGAUCUCGACCAGAUUCCCAAUUCGAUCUCGAGGAGAACUUCAAGUCGCAGAAUCAGGAGACACAGCCCGAGCAAGAGAAGCAAGAGGAUGCAGCCUCAGUGCCAACGCCCAAAUCACACAAACCCUUACCGAAUACCUUCACGAUAGGUGAUGAUCACCAGGACAACUCUACGAAUCCAAUCACUUCGUCCGUUCUCGUCUUCCUCCACUCCAUCCUCACCUUCCUCGACACGUACAUCCUCCCUUCCCAUCUCCGCGCAACGAUAUGCCAGACCGCGCUCGCACAUCCCCUGCUCACGACCUUCUUGCUAUGCCAGUUCGUAUGUUCGUGUAUUCCGGUCACUAUCUUUCUGAUUGGGGCUGUGGUUGCGGGUGGCAUAGCGGUGGUGGUGUUUAGCUGUUUCGCGCUAUUGGUGCUGGGGCCUGUGCUGGUUGCGACGACCGUCGCGGGUGCGUUUCUGUGGGGUUGGGGGUGGGCCGCGUUUGUGGUUGGGAGGUGGUUGCUGAGGCGGUAUUUGAACGAAGACGGGAAUACAGGGAAGGGUCGUGGACGGGAUGCGUCGAAUGGUUUUAAUGGGUACGAGAAGAUUGUUAAGGAGGAAUCGGCAUGA